ACAAUUUUGCUCUAUUUCUGUAUCAACAAACGAAAACUUAUUAAAAAUAGGGAGAAGUUCUUCCAACAAAAUGGUGGUAUACUCUUGAAACAACAACUCUCCACUAAAACGGGUGGUGUGGAAGCAACCAAAAUUUUUACAGCUGAGGAGUUGAAGAAGGCUACGAACAACUAUACUGCUGAUAGAAUUCUUGGUCGUGGAGGAAAUGGGGUCGUGUAUAGAGGUAUUUUAUCUGAUAAUCGCAUAGUCGCAAUUAAAAAAUCUAAGUUUGUGGAUGAGAAUCAAAUUGAACAGUUCAUCAACGAGGUACUUAUUCUUACUCAAGUCAACCACAGAAAUGUAGUGUCGAGACUCUUUGGGUGUUGUCUGGAAGCUGAAGUGCUCUUGGUUUACGAAUAUGUUUCUCAUGGAACUCUAUAUGAGCAUAUCCAUAAUCAAAAUGCAGCACCUUGGUUAUCUUUGCAAAAUCGGUUGAGAAUUCUUGCAGAGACAGCAAGUUCACUUUCUUACCUUCAUUCAUCUGCAUCAAUGCCAAUAAUUCAUAGAGAUGUCAAAUCUACUAACAUAUUAUUGGAUGAUGUUUACACUGCAAAAGUGGCAGAUUUUGGAGCUUCAAGAUUAAUCCCUCUGGACCAAACACAUGUUGCUACAUUGGUUCAAGGAACGUUCGGCUACCUGGAUCCUGAAUAUUUCCAGACAGGUCAAUUGACAGAGAAAAGUGACGUUUAUAGUUUUGGAGUAGUUCUUGCAGAACUUUUAACUGGGAUGAAACCUAUUUUGAGGGACAAAAGUGGCAAGGACAAAUGUUUGGUGGAAUAUUUUGCCUCGUCCAUGAACAAGAAUUGCUUAUUUCAAAUUCUUGAUCGCAGAGUGGUAAGAGAAGGAGGUCUUGAGCAACUUCAAAAGAUUGCUGAGCUUGUUAAGAGUUGCCUUCACUUGCACGGAGAAGAUAGGCCUACGAUGAAGGAAGUCGCAAUGGAACUUGAGAGUUUAAGAAAGUUCACCAGCCCUUGGGCUAAUGGACGCGGACAUGAAGGGAAUGAAGAUGAACCGUUAGAUCUUUAUACAAUUCCAAUUGACUCUAAUACAGGUAUCGACAACUUCUCUGGACAAUAUCCCAACUCCUACACAAAUAGCAGCAUCUUUUCUGGACAAUAUAGUUCAGAUAGUUCUUCAUUACUAUACAAUACAAAUAUCCCCCGGUGAUCCAGAACAGAAGGUCAAUAUGAUGAUUGAUGAAGAUUUUCUGUGUUUGUAAGUUUCUUUUUUGUCGGUCUUUUUUUCAUAUUGAAUGUUCUGUUGUGUUUUAUCUGCUUUUGAAUUUGUCAUCAAUAUAUUGUUCAUUGUGUUAGUGACAAGAGCUGGAGUUAGUAGAUGUUCGCUCUGAUUGUAAUUGUCACGUCAUUCCUAAAAGAUUACUCCCUUAGUAGACAAGUUGAAACUAUCACACUUACGAACACGUUUCUCCCGAGAGGAUGCACGUUAGUUGAAGUGGUCUGUUCGCCACC